GUUAAACCAGUGCUGAGCGAUGAGAGCGACUGUCAGAUCGUCGAUGAGGUGACCAGCAGUACACCGGCGACGGUCAGAGUUAGCAAACCUAAGGCCACAAUUAAUGGCCACACCUCUGGAACCAAUGGCCACAACUCUGGAACCAAUGGCCAGCGCUCACCACCGAGUGCUGCGAGCGGUGACAGUGUGGCCGCCGAUGGCGUCGAUGAAGAACAAGCGGACGAAGAGUUGAUCGCAAGUAAUGAUAACAAUACCAAUACUGAUGCGAACGAAACAAGAGUUGCUCCAAACGCUGAAGAAGCGCAAGAAGAGCGACAAAUGAACGGAACUGAUGCCCACAACAAGUCUACCACCGGUGCCGCCGAUGUGCCGUUGAUUGCUGAUAAAUCAGUGCCAAAGCCAUCGUCAGUACCUUCACCCUCACCACCAUCUGUGCCCUCUCGGCCGCUGAAUAAGCAGUUCCAGUGCUGUGUCUGCGACCAGUUGUGUGAUAAUAAGCGCGAGGUUACGGAUCAUGUGAGAUCCAUCCAUCCCAAUACUCCCAUACGAUUCAAUGUAAUUCACGCCUCACUAUAG